UUGAGCUACCACAAACACAUUUGACACGUGACGCGCGCGUUCAACGCGGCGGAAGUGAACUGCGAGGAAGAGAUUUUGGGAAACCGAUGUGCAAUGAGAACGAGGUGGGAAGCGAAACUAAUUGGAGAAUGGAUUUCCCCAGUCUCAAUGCAGGGACUCCUGGGCUUUCAGCAGAGAGAACCAGAGGCCAGUCCCCAUCAGCCACUCCAGUCACCAGCCCAGUGAUAAAAGAGGAGCCUGCUGACACUGGGUCCUUCUACAUCAAAUGGGAGAUGAGUGAGGAGAGUAUUGCAGAACAACAACAGGAGGGCUUAGGCCCGAUGCACGUCUUGGGGAAAGAGUCUGAUGGAACGUCUUCUGUUGCUGGUAGCCAGAGUCCAGGCGAUAGACGUUCAGAACUGUCUGAGGAGACAUCGACAGAGCGUGUGAAAAGGAGGCUGUCAAGCGCAGAGACACAGCGGCAGUACAGAGAGAGAAUCCGUGCUGACCCUGAGAAGUUGCGGGCCUACAAGGAAAGGGCAAAAUGCAGGGAGGAUGAUGAUUAUGAUGAGGAUUGGAUCAGCAACUUUCAUGUCCCUUGGCAGCAGACGCCUGAAAGCCUCAGGCGAGCCAUUGCAGAGGGACGAAGAGUCGAGGCGGCAGAUAGGCGGCUGAUGGUGAGGAUCACCGUUGAUGCAAUGCGUGUACACUGCCUCAACCCCAACAAGAAAGUAUGUUCAGAAAUUGCCAAAGCUAUAGUUUCAGAAUAUCCAGAGAGCUUUGCAGACCUGUCAAAAGAAGGGGAACUGCUUAGCAGAAGGUACUCCUCCUUGCUCACCCAAAUAAAGACCAGAGUGGAGCAUGUGAACCGGAACACUGAAAAUAGAAUACGCAGACCCAAGACGAGCAAAAAAGGGGAAAACGGCAACAGACAAGUCAAAACAGCAAGAACAAAAGUGGACAGUUAUGGGUGCAUAAACUGGCACCCACAGGACCUUCCAGAAGGAGAAACUCCUGACUCCCUGGAAAAUAAGAGACAGAUUAUGGCCACCUUUUUCAACAGUGCAAGCCCCAGAGGUGUGGACAGGGGAGACGUGGAUGAAUUCAUGAGGCUUACGUACAUUAACCAACGCCACAUGAUAAAUGCAUGGCCAGCCCCAAGCAUUGGUGACGUCAAGGAACAAUGGCCUUUUCUUUUUACCAAGAGAUGGCUCUGCGCCCACUUCCACAUGCUCACUGGAGUUGAGAUUGACCGCUGUCUCAGUGACGCUCUCCAGAGCAAAGGAAAGACCAUUGUCAAUUUCUUCCGAAGUCAGAAACCCAACUGGAGGAGAGGCAUCCAAAGUCUCCUCAAUGACAUUGAAGGUGACGUCAGUGAAAACCUCACAGCCUGUGCUGCCAUUCUUCUGGUGCUGUCCCACUUCAGAGAGAAAGAGGACACUCUCUUCCUCUUGGCUGAUGUGAAUGACACCCAGAUGGAUGUAGAGGCUCAGUUGCAUUUGCCGGCCACUCCAAGACUUAUCAUGCUUGGGAGUUCCCUGCUGUCUUCAUCUAAGUGGAUGGUGUCGAUCGAGGGGAGAGUGGUCUGUGUUUUGGAUAAUCAGUCCAACUUUGCCGCUGCCCUCUCUGUGCUCUUCGGCUGUUUCUACGUGUUCAAUACAGAGUACCAGGAGACAGCCUCAGCAACACUGGAGCUUAUUCAGAGGUUUCUAGUAGGGAUCAACCCAAAUGAAGGAACCAAAUGCUCUUCAUACCUUGAUUCAGAAGCCGGGGUGAGCCGCAGGACUGGAAGAGUUGUGCAAAGGAAGACCGAUGCAGUUGCCACCUUUCUCAAAGACCUGACUGAAUUUGAAUGGUGAACCAGUUUCAUAGGAGAUGCAAACACACAAACAAGGAUGCACAUACAUGAUGCAUAGCUUCAAAUGUUAUAAUGUUGCUCUUGUUUAAUAUCAAUCAAUCAACACUACAGAUUGCAAUUGAGAUCUAUCAUGAUAUGCAUCUUGGAAUAAUUGUUAUAUGUUUCUGUUGGCUGGCCCUGUCUGUGAUGGGGAAAUGUGAUUUUAUAACUUUUAUGUGAUAAUGAUGUUCUGAAUGAUUACCGGAAGUGUUUUUUUGUUUUUGACAGAUUUCUUUAAGACGUUUUGUUGACUUACUGUAAACAAAAUCAGUGUGAUUAAAUUCAGUUUUGUUCAGAACGAGUUCCCAUUUCACUACAGUGUUAAAGGGGCAGUGAAGGUAAACUUGAUUUUCCUGCUUUUUGUUAUAUUUCCACACAAUGAGGUUGAAAUAAAACUCAGAAAUGGUAAAAAGGAUGCCUGUUUUGUGUAAGAGCUGUUUGAAAAUUGCCUGGAAUUUAAGCCUGUUCAGGUAGGAUGGAACUUUUGGCCCACAUGAUGUGGGCCAAAUUAUGAUCUGAUUAUAAUAGCCCAAUGAUUGUUCAUCUGGGUAAGGGAGUGGGUUCUAGACCAUCCUAUCAGCCAAUCGGGUCUGUGUAUGUAAAUACUGUAUCUUCAAAUGUGUUUCCUAACGCCCCCUAAACAGACUGAGCAUUUUAAGGGCCAAAGGAGGCUCAGGGACAUAAAUGGUUAAACAUACAGUAUAUGUUGGUGUAAUUUUCAUUAAAUAAACACAGUAAUUUAUUAGACAUACAGUGGUGAUUUAAAAAUAGAAUUACAAAGACUGCAUGGGGGCUUAAGCUGUUAUCUUUUUCAAUAUUAUUUAUUUGUGAUAAAACAUCCUGUUUUGGAUUAAACUGCAUUUUGCCAUUGCCGAUCUAGCUUGAGGAUUGGAAUUUGUCUACUGGCAGUGCAGUGUAUUUCUCUGACUGGUAGCUAAUCAAUUUCACACCUUAAAGUACAGUCAAAUGUUAAACAAGUUUAAAUACAAUAAAUCAAAUCUCCAUUAAUCCCCCA